AUGGCAAACACCAAGACCACUAAAAGAAAAGAGGGUCACCUUUGUCCUAUGUGUUCUCAGAGAUUUGGUGAAGAAUCAGAGUGGGAGAAACAUGUACUUGAGUGUGGGAGAAAGCGCAGACAGAAACGGUUUGAAUGCAGUCAUUGCGACUAUGCUACAAAUAAGAAGAGCGACAUGGUCAGACAUUGUAAAACUCGACAUGGUGGAUUCGCUCAGGUGGACAGUGAGAGUGAUUGGGAGCAGUUGGAUCCCGGGAAUCUAUCGGAUGUUGUUGGUGAAGCCACAGUGGCUGGGACUUCCCUUCCUUCUUCCGAAGUGACGCAGAGGAAACCAACGAGACCGGCUCCUGUACACACUCCAAAAGUCAAGAGAUUAUUGAGCAAGCGUUCGUUAGUUCCUGAUGCUCCUGCUACAUUCCAGCAUCCCAUGACGACUGUGAAAGAACAUGCAGCUCCUUCGGCAACAGUAUCAGCGGCAUCGUCGACUGAUGUCCAGGAUUGUAGUGUCGAGGAUUCCAUCCGUUCAGUUGGUGUCGACAAAGGUACACAGACUCUUCCCACAGAGCAGAUGACAGAGGCUACUCAGACUGAAGUGACCAAGAGAAGACGUCUGGAUCGGUGUCAGGAAACAUAUCAAAAGGAUGGAAAAUCUGUAGUAGAGACCCAUGAGGAAGAACUCUGGUUUUAG